GCAGUUCGACGGAGUGACAGCACAGCCGACACUGGAACGCCACUCAGCAUACGACGCUGCUGCUGCUGAACCUGCUACUGCUACUUCUUCCUUCUCCUCUUCCUCUUCCCACCUGGCUCGCACCGACGACCGCUUUUACCACGCCUCCUCCAUUCCACAUCUCUCUUUCUCCCCACCCUCCUCCUCCCCGUCGUCCUCUCCCCCACUCUCCCCCAAUCCCUCCCCCUCUCCCUCCCCGCAUCCCACGCUCCUCCUACCGGCCGUCUCCUCCUCUCUGGCCCCGACAGUAGCCGCGCUACGAGCUCACCAAGUCAUCGCCGUCCCCACCGACACCAUAUACGGCUUUGCUGCUGAUGCGCGGUCAGCAGAGGGGAUCGCGCGCAUCUACGAGAUCAAGGGCCGGGAUUUCAACAAGCCCCUGGCGAUCGCGGUGGCAGACAUUGCUGACGUGGCAGUGUAUGCAGAGACCGGGCACCUGCCGCCCGGCCUGCUGGCGGCGCUGCUGCCUGGCCCAGUCACUCUCGUGCUGCCCCACCGUCCCACCUCCCCCAUACACCCCUCCCUCACCCGCACGGUCCCCUCCCUCGCGGUCCGCAUCCCAGCCUCCCCCUUCAUCCGCUCGCUCGCCCGCCUGCUCUCCGCGCCGCUCGCCCUCACAUCCGCCAACCUCUCAGGCCACCCGUCCGCCAUCGCAGCAGGGGAGUUCCGCGCGCUGUGGGGGAUGUGUGCGGCGGUGGUGGACGGGGGCGAGCAGGCAGAGGAGAUGCGGCAAGGGUCCACGAUCGUAGAGCUGGUGCUGCCGGGGCGGUUCAAAGUGAUUCGAGCGGGAAGUGCCCUUCCGGCCACGCUUGCCACACUCCAUCGCUUCAACCUGGAGGAGUCGCUCUCGUCGUGA